AUGGUGCUGGGGAAUGGGUCGAGCAAUAACGGCAAUGGAACAACAGAAAAAUGGGAUACUCGCACAUUUAAGACGGCACGCAAUAAUUUUAGGAGGGAGGGGAAUAUAUUUACAAGGUCAAGCAGGGGUUUGUUGGUUGGUGGGCACUACUUAUACUCAGUCGGUUAUAUCUCAUCUUCUGUUUACGCUGACAAAGGGAAUGGAGGUGCGAGGAGACGAGACGGAAGAGCGGAAAAGAAAGUGGUGGAUAGAUAG